AGAAAAAGAAAGAGGAACACACUCCGUCACAAAACACUCACACAUGCACACAUGUUCACACGCCAGCACUCGCAGCCUGAAGACCUGGGAAGAAACUACUCUGGAUUUUACACCUGCCGGGAGUAAGUGGGAGGGGGAGAGGAGAACUUUGCGCACAGACUAAUCUGGACCCACUCUGCAAGAGAAUGCCCUCUUGCCCAGUUUCACAGGCUGAGCAGUGGAUUUGGUAAUUCAAAUUAUUCCUGCAAAAUCAUUCAACAAGGCUGAGAGUCUGAGCCAGAGAAUGCUCUCACAACUCCCAAGGAUCUUAUAUGUCUUGUUUUUUUGCUCUUUUCAAGGCAGCUUCAUAAGACCGGUCUCCUGUAAAGAGGAGAUAAAGUCCCCCGCCAGGGUAGCCCCAAAGCUUAUGUCCCCAUCUGACUUCCUGGACAAGCUCAUGGGAAAAACUUCUGGGUAUGACGCCCGCAUCAGACCCAACUUCAAAGGUCCACCUGUUAAUGUCACCUGCAACAUUUUCAUCAACAGCUUUGGCUCCAUCACAGAAACAACUAUGGACUACCGGCUGAAUGUGUUUCUACGGCAACAGUGGAAUGACCCACGACUGGCCUACAGCGAGUACCCCGACAACUCUCUGGACCUAGACCCGUCCAUGUUAGACUCCAUCUGGAAGCCUGACUUGUUCUUUGCCAAUGAGAAAGGUGCCAACUUUCAUGAGGUUACCACAGACAACAAGCUGCUGCGCAUAUUUCAGAAUGGAAAUGUGCUGUACAGCAUCAGGCUGACUCUGAUCCUGUCCUGCCCCAUGGACUUGAAGAAUUUCCCAAUGGACAUUCAGACCUGUUCCAUGCAGCUUGAGAGCUUUGGAUACACCAUGAACGACCUGAUUUUCGAGUGGUUGGACAAGGCCCCUGUGCAGGUGGCUGAUGAUCUGAUGCUCCCGCAGUUUGUGCUGAAGGAGGAGAAGGACCUGGGAUACUGCACCAAGCAUUACAACACAGGCAAAUUCACCUGCAUCGAGGUCAAGUUCCACCUGGAGCGGCAGAUGGGCUAUUACCUGAUCCAGAUGUACAUCCCCAGCCUGCUCAUUGUCAUCCUGUCCUGGGUGUCCUUCUGGAUCAACAUGGACGCUGCACCUGCGCGAGUGGGUCUAGGCAUCACCACGGUGCUGACCAUGACCACUCAGAGCUCCGGCUCCAGAGCCUCUCUGCCCAAGGUGUCCUACGUGAAAGCUAUCGACAUCUGGAUGGCGGUGUGCCUGCUGUUCGUGUUUGCGGCCCUGCUGGAGUACGCGGCAGUCAACUUCGUCUCACGGCAGCACAAAGAGUUCAUCAGACUGAGGAAGAAGCAGAGACGACAGAGAAUAGUCACGGCCAGCCAGCCGGGGAGCUUCGACUCGCUGCGGAAAGUGAACGACCUGCCCGGUAACAUCUCCAUCUACGGCAACCUACACCAGCACUGCAGCAACUGCACCAGGGUCACGGCCAGCCAGCCGGGGAGCUUCGACUCACUGCGGAAAGUGAACGACCUGCCCGGUAACAUCUCCAUCUACAGCAACCUACACCAGCACUGCAGCAAUUGCACCAGGGAGGAGGACCUGGUGCGAGAGAGCCGCGGGUUUUACUUCCGGGGAUACGGACUGGGCCACUGCCUGCAGAUGAAGGACACGGCGGCGGUGGAAGGCGCCACGGUGUUCACCCAGCCGCCCCCCGUGGACGUGCUGUACGACAGCGACGCCGUGCGCAAGCGGUUCGUGGACCGCGCCAAGAGGAUUGACACCAUAUCCAGGGCCGUCUUCCCCAUGAGCUUCCUCAUCUUCAACAUCUUCUACUGGAUCACCUACAAGGUGCUGCGGCACGAAGACAUCCACGCAGCCCUGUAGAGACGCCUCCGCUUUCGAACGCCCUCCCCAGUGGUAAUCUCCUCGUUACUUUCCGUAUUUCUUUGAACCAAAAAACUGCCUGCCAAAAUCUGCAACAGACAAAAAGGGGAGGACAAAGUAUUCUAGGCGCAUAUUUACCGCUACUGGACAAACAGUGACUGUGUACGCUAGACAAACCACGAGCUCAGGUGUGACUUCAAGGUCUCGAGGUGGGAGAACAGAACUCAGAACACAAACAGAAACAAUGGGGUCUGACAUGUUUAACUGCUGUUUGUGAUCGUGUUUCCCUCAUUUUUUUCUUGUUUUAUUUUGAGCCGAGUACAAAAAAAAAAUAUUCAAAAAAAAAAAAAAAAGAGUAAUGCUGGACUCUGCGCAUCUUGGUGAACAGUGCUGUUCGAGACACCAGCUGAGAGCAGGAUCUCAAGUUGAUGGAGAUAACCGACUUGAAUUUUAUCGCACACCACAUCUCAGAAUGAAUGUUUUUUAAAAAAGAGAAAAAUGAAAAAUAAUGUUUUUUACUCCUUUGGAUUGCUAAACAAAUGGGGUGUGGGGGGAAAAUGGCAUCUUGAACAUUUCUGAAAAUCCAACGGGUGA